CGCCUUUCUCCCCUCCGCCGGCCCACUGCCGCUCUGCGCACGCCCGUCCAGCAGAACGCCUCCGAGAAAUCUGCUGCUGGAAACAAACUUUCCCGAACUAUGUCGCGAUCCUGGCCUCCGGAGUCAGUCAGAGACAACUCGAUAGAGGACGCUAAGGCCCGCUUAAAAAAGCAUGAUCCUGGGACCAAGUAUUCUCACUUGUCGUAUAAUAAAUGUUCCAUCCUCUUACCAUUGUUGGUUAAAGAAGGAGAACUUCACCUGUUGUUCACCCUCCGCUCAGAAAAGCUCUGUUCUUUCCCUGUCCAGCUCAGACGGUCACCUGGAGAGGUGUGCUUCCCUGGAGGAAAGCGCGACCCUACAGAUGUGGAUGACGUGGCCACGGCCCUCCGGGAAGCCGAGGAAGAAGUGGGGCUGCGCCCUCAGCAGGUGGAGGUCGUCUGCUGCCUGGUGCCGCUCGUGUUUGAUACAGACACACUGAUAACACCAGUUGUCGGGUUUAUAGACCACGACUUCCAGGCCCAGCCUAACCCCGAUGAGGUUAAGAAUGUGUUCCUGGUGCCCCUGGAGUAUUUCCUGCGUCCACGCGCCUACCACCAGAAGUACCUGACACGGUGUGGUCAUCGCAUGUUUCUUCAUUGCUUUGAGUACACAAACCCCGAAGAUGGUGUGACUUACUAUAUCAAGGGAUUAACUGCAAAAUAUGCUCUCUUCGUUGCCUUAAUUAUUUUGGAAAAACACCCGACCUUUGAGAUGGAAUUUAAUCUCAACGAUCUAAUAUCAUCCUCUGAAAAAUCCUUCCUGCACUUUCAUAACCAUGCAGCAAACAAAUUAUGAUUUAUGAGACCAACAUCCAAGCAGCUUUUGGGUGUGCUUGUCCACAGAACAACCGUAACGCCAGCUGGUGGAAUUCGACAGGUGUGAGUAUUUUUCCUGCAAUGUGAAGAUAAAAAACCUUGCCUUGUUUUCAGUUUCCCUCUGUUUUCUGAAAGAGCAAAAGUCUUUCAAAAGUGGAAAAUGUAUUUGUAGUAUUGCAUAAUUUCACUCACAAUAUAGUAGCACCAUUUUUCUUACACAUGUAAGAAAAUAUAUCUGGCACAUAGUAGGCACUUAAUAAAUGUUUGUUGAAUAUAUGAC